AUGUCUAGUAGUAAAAGUUAUGCCGAAGGCAGCGGAAGAGGCAGGAAAUUUGACAACGAUAGAGACGAUAGGGAUAAUUAUAAAAACAAUAGAGAAUACGAAAGACGUCAUAGAGAAGACCGGCCACGAGGGAGUAAUAGGGGUAGAGAGUCCUACGAAGAUAGGAAGCCAUAUAGAAGUAAAUAUGACGAUAGGAAACCAUACGAUGAUAGGAAACCUUCUUAUAAUGAGUUAAAUCGUCGUUCACAGUCUCCUCAUCAGGAAACGCCAGAUUUCAAGCCAAACUUCGCGAACUCGGGUUUAUUAGCUGCAGAAAGUAAAACUGUUAAUGGCACAGUACUAAAAUACCACGAGCCAUUGGAAGCUCACAAGCCGGAUAAGAAGGACGAUUGGAGGAUUUUCGUCUUCGAAGAUGAAUCUCAGACGGAUAUGCUCACACUCGAUAAGCAAAGUUGCUACCUCUUUGGCCGUGAUACAAACGUAGCUGACUAUCCUAUCGUCGAUGCCUCUAUUUCGAAACAACAUGCUGUUAUACAGUUCAGAAUGCUGCGCUCUAAGAAUGAAUUUGGUGAUGUAAGCGAGCAGGUCAAGCCAUUCAUCCUAGACCUCGAGAGCACAAAUGGUACGCAUGUAAAUGGGAAGGAAAUACCAGUAUCACGGUUUUAUGAGGUUAUGGCGGGUGACGUUUUACAAUUUGGCUUAGACAAACGAGAAUUUGUCGUUAUAAAAAGUGAUUAGAGCGAGUAAAGUGGACAAAAUUU